AUGCCGAGUGCAAAAGGAGCCAGCUGGGAGAAGUACCAGAAAGAAUUUCGUGACGACGAAGAGCCCGAAAAGAAGAUCACACCCUUGACAGAUGAGGACAUCCAAGUGCUCAAGACAUAUGGAGCAGCACCAUAUGCGGCAGCGCUCAAGUCAAUCGAAAAGCAGAUUAAAGACAAGCAGCAAAGUAUUAGCGAGAAAUUGGGGAUUAAGGAGUCAGAUACUGGAUUAGCAUUGCCCCAUCUAUGGGAUAUCGCAGCCGAUAGACAACGUAUGAGCGAAGAGCAGCCUCUCCAGGUCGCACGAUGCACCAAGAUCAUUCAGGAUGAGAAGGAUAGUGAGAAGAGCAAAUAUGUAAUCAACGUCAAGCAGAUCGCCAAGUUUGUCGUCAAUCUUGGUGAGCGAGUAAGUCCUACAGAUAUCGAGGAGGGCAUGAGAGUCGGUGUCGACCGUCAAAAGUACUCGAUCAUGCUCCCACUACCGCCGAAGAUCGAUCCUAGCGUAACAAUGAUGACGGUCGAAGACAAGCCAGAUGUCACGUAUGGUGAUGUAGGUGGUUGCAAAGAGCAGAUCGAGAAGUUGAGGGAGGUCGUCGAAAUGCCGUUGCUAUCUCCAGAACGAUUCGUUAGCUUAGGUAUCGAUCCGCCUAAGGGAGCACUUUUGUAUGGACCACCAGGAACAGGGAAGACACUUUGCGCCAGAGCUGUCGCAAACAGAACAGACGCCACUUUCAUUCGUGUCAUUGGUUCCGAGCUUGUCCAGAAAUAUGUAGGAGAAGGCGCAAGAAUGGUUCGAGAAUUGUUUGAAAUGGCACGGACGAAAAAGGCCUGCAUUAUUUUCUUCGACGAGAUCGAUGCUAUCGGUGGUGCACGAUUUGAUGAUGGUGCAGGUGGUGAUAACGAAGUGCAGAGAACCAUGUUGGAGUUGAUCACACAACUUGAUGGCUUCGAUUCGAGGGGUAACAUUAAGGUCAUGUUCGCAACCAAUAGGCCCAGCACACUUGACCCAGCCUUGAUGAGACCAGGUCGGAUUGAUAGGAAGAUUGAAUUCAGCUUACCGGAUCUGGAUGGUCGAGCCAACAUUCUCCGAAUUCACGCUAAGAGUAUGUCAGUGGAAAGGGACAUCAGAUGGGAGCUUAUCUCCAGGUUAUGUCCCAACGCAACUGGUGCUGAAUUGAGAUCGGUAGCGACGGAAGCAGGUAUGUUUGCUAUAAGAGCAAGGAGGAAGGUUGCCACUGAGAAGGACUUCCUGGCAGCUGUUGACAAGGUCAUCAAAGGCAACUUGAAGUUUAACUCUACUGCUACAUAUAUGCAGUACAACUGA